AUGGAGCUAGCUACAACUACGGUGCUAGCUAUAGCUACGGAGCUAGCUACAGCUACGGAGCUACAGCUACAGCUACGGAGCUACAGCUACAGCUACAACGCUACAGCUACAGAGCUACAGCUACAGCUACAGAGCUACAGCUACAGCUACAGAGCUACAGCUACAGCUACGGAGCACGGAGCACGGAGCUACAGCUACAGAGCUACAGCUACGGAGCUAGUCACAGCUACGGAGCUAGCUACAGCUACGGACUACAGCUACAGAGCUACGACUACGGUCCUGCAGCUACAGCUACGGAGCUACAGCUACGGAGCUACAGCUACGGAGCUACAGGUACAGAGCUACAGCUACGGAGCUACAGGUACAGCUACGGAGCUAGCCACGGCUACGGAGCUGGCCACGGCUACGGAGCUAGCCACGGCUACGGAGCUAGCUAAGGCUACGGAGCUAGCUACAGCUACAGAGCUACAGCUACAGCUACAGAGCUACAGCUACAGAGCUACAGCUACAGCUACGGACUACAGCUACAGAGCUACGACUACGGUCCUGCAGCUACAGCUACGGAGCUACAGCUACGGAGCUACAGCUACGGAGCUACAGGUACAGAGCUACAGCUACGGAGCUACAGGUACAGCUACGGAGCUAGCCACGGCUACGGAGCUGGCCACGGCUACGGAGCUAGCCACGGCUACGGAGCUAGCCACGGCUACGGAGCUAGCUGAGGCCACGGAGCUAGCUGAGGCCACGGAGCUAGCUACAGCUCCGGAGCUAGCUACAGCUACGGAGCUAGCUACAGCUACGGAGCUCGGAGCUACAGCUACAGAGCUACGACUACGCUACAGCUACACUGCUACAGCUACAGAGCUACAGCUACAGAGCUACAGCUACGGAGCUACAGGUACAGCUACGGAGCUAGCCACGGCUACGGAGCUAGCCACGGCUACAGAGCUAGCUGAGGCCACGGAGCUAGCUACAGCUACGGAGCUAGCUACAGCUACGGAGCUCGGAGCUACAGCUACAGAGCUACAGCUACAGAGCUACGACUACGGUGCUGCAGCUACAGCUACGGAGCACGGAGCACGGAGCUACAGCUACAGAGCUACAGCUACGGAGCUACUACAGCUACAGAGCUACGACUACGGUCCUGCAGCUACAGCUACGGAGCUACAGCUACGGAGCUACAGCUACGGAGCUACAGGUACAGAGCUACAGCUACGGAGCUACAGGUACAGCUACGGAGCUAGCCACGGCUACGGAGCUGGCCACGGCUACGGAGCUAGCCACGGCUACGGAGCUAGCCACGGCUACGGAGCUAGCCACGGCUACGGAGCUAGCUAA